UGAGUUUUUCAACAUCGUUUUCGAUUUUAUCCUAUUUUGUUUUCCAGAUUUUUGAUUUUUAAUGGAUUUUAAUUUCUGGUUGCUUUUUUGCUACAAUUUGUGUUUUUCAAAAUAGGUUUAUGCAUAUUGAUGGAUUUAGAUGGUGUGCAACCUAAUUAUCCUUCUUCCUGUGUUACUCAUUCAGUUGGUGAUAUUUAUCGUACUCUAGAGGUUGUUGGAUCAUUUAGCCCUGGUGGUACCACUAAGGAAUGGAUUCCAAGUGUUCCCGAGGAGUUAAAACCCAGUUUGGGGAUGAUAUUUAAAGAUCCUGAAGAGGGUCUUAGUUUUUAUAAAGCAUAUGCAAAUGCCGCUGGGUUUACUUCUAGGAAAUCUACUACUAAAAGGAAGAAGAAUAACAAAGAUAUAAUUGCUUUUCAAUAUGGAGUUUGCAAUAAGGAAGGUUUUAGGGCAAUAAGAAAACCUAUUGCUCAACAAACAGUUUAUGAAGAAGGAAAAGUUCGUAUUACUAGGAAACGUUUAGUCACUCGUGUAGGAUGCAAUGCUCACAUAUGUAUGAGAUAUGAUGCUGGAAAGUAUGUUGUAACUCAUUUCAAAGAAGAACAUAAUCAUCCUUUAUAUACUCCAAGUUGUGCAAAAUUUCAGAAGGAUAAUAGAAAAAUGCAUAUUAUGCAUAAAAAGUUGAUUGUUGAUAAUUCAAAGGUAAAUGUUGGUCCUGUGAGGUCUUAUACUAUGAUGAAAGAAUUAGCUGGAUCACAUGAUAAUGUUGGUGCAUCUAAACAAGAUUUCAAAAAUUUUUAUAGAGAUUUGAAGGCUUUUAUUGAUGGAUCAGAUGCCCAAAUGUUUGUGGAUAAUUUUCAAAAUAAGAAAUUGCUCUGGAGUGCAUUUUUUUUUUCCUAUGAUGUUGAUGAAGAAGAUAGACUUUGUAGAGCUUUAUGGGCUGAUCCAAUCUGUCGAAAAAAUUAUGCACUUUUUGGUGAUAUGGUUUCUUUUGAUACCACAUUCAAAACAAACAGAUAUAAUAUGAUCUUUGGUCCAUUUACUGGAGUUGAUCAUCAUAAAAAAUGUGUUACUUUUGCGGCUACUUUUGUAGCUCAUGAGGAUAUAUCAUCUUUUGAAUGGGUUUUCAAAACUUUUCUUAAAGCAAUGGGAAAUAAUGAGCCUGUGUGUUUGAUUACCGAUCAAGACCCUGCAAUGAAAGUUGCUGUUCGUAAUGUUUUUCAAACUACAGAACAUAGGUUUUGUAUGUGGCAUAUUAUGAAAAAGGUGCCUGAAAAAGUAGGUCGGGCGAUUGCCCAAGACACUGAUUUCUUGAAAAAACUGUGUUCAUGUGUUUGGCAUUUAGAGAUUGAGCCGGCAGAAUUUGAAGAAAAGUGGAACAAAGUUAUUUCAGAAUUCCAUUUGAACGAUCAUGAAUGGUUGGCAUACAUGUACAACAUACGUGAUAUGUGGAUUCCAGCGUAUUUCAGAGAUUUAUUUUUGGGUGGCAUUAUGAGGACCACAUCUAGAUCAGAAAGUGAAAAUAAUUUUUUCACUAUGUUCACAAAUCCCCAUCUCACUUUGAUUGAGUCCUACAUGAAGUUUGAAUGUGCAUUGGAUGCUCAAAGGCACACUCAAAAUAAAAUGGAUAAUGAUUCGAAGAAUAAGCGUCCGGAGUGUAAGACUCCAAUUCCUUUAGAGAAAGAUGCUUCUGAAUUGUUUACAACAACAAUUUUCUAUGAAUUUCAAUAUGAGCUUGAAAUUGGAUGUUUUAAUUGUGGUGUUGAGGAGAUGAAGAAGGACAAUGAGCUUUACAUUUUCAAUUUGAGGGAAGGAACUAGAAGGAGGACUUUUGAUGUUGUUUUUGAUCCAACUACCUUUGAUACCAAGUGUUUUUGUAAAAAAUUUGAACGUGAUGGUGUGCCUUGUAGGCAUAUGAUUUGGGUGUGGAAGGCAAGGAUGUUAGAAAAAAUUCCCAAGGCCUACAUUCUAAAUAGAUGGUGUACAAUGGCUUAUAAGAAGCCCAUUUUUGAUUUAGAGGGUAAUGUGUUGGAGGAAUGUAUUAAUGCAGUAGAUAAGAAAAUGUUAUUAAAUGAUUUGUGGUCUGAAAUUCAUGCUUGUGUGAGUUUAGUGCAAAACAAUGAAGAUGAUCUUAGUGAUCUUGUCAAAAAACUUCGAGCCAUGAGGGUAGAUUUGGAACAGAAGAAAACAAAUGGAAGCAACAAUCUUUCGAGCAAAGUUAAAGACAUUGAAAUGCUUAUUGGAGCUAGUCUACCUUCUAAUGUUUUAAUCAAACCUCCUAAAAUUUCGAAGAACAAAGGCACGGGGGUUCAUGUUCCAAAUCAGGUCAAUGUUCCAAAUGAUGUCCAUGUUCCAAAUCAGGUUCAUGUUCCAAAUCAGGUAAAUGUUCCAAAUGAUGUCCAUGUUCCAAAUGAUGUCCAUGUUCCAAAUGAGGUUCAUGUUCCAAAUAGUGACAAAAGAAUGAAGAGUGACAGAGAAAAGUCUAUUGAACAAAGUCAAAAGAAGAAGAGAUUAUGUAGAGCAUGUGGGGAGCUUGGUUAUCAUGAUAGUCGUAAUUGCCCUGGAAAAGUCAAGUGA